AUGCCGGAUGCACCCCGCUCCUCACUCUUCACCUGUCUCGCCUGCCAUGUCGCAUUCAAGACGGCCGAUAUCCAGAGAGAGCACUAUCGCUCAGACUGGCACCGAUACAAUCUGAAGCGCAAGAUGGUUGAGCUGCCCCCUGUCACUGCGGAGAUGUUUACGCAAAAGGCUGUCGCCCAGCAACAGAAGGCCGCGGAUGAUCAGGCAGCUGCCGCUGUCAGCAGCAACGAAUGUAAGACCUGCCGCAAGUCGUACUCGUCCGAGAAUGCGUAUCAGAACCAUUUGGCGUCGAAGAAACACAAGGAGAUGGAAGCCAAGUUGAAGGCGAACCCUCGUCCUGCCAAAUCCGUUGAGAAGCCAACGAAGAGCGAUGUUGAGUCGAUCACGUCAAAGAUGACGGUAGACCUUUCUGUAACGGAUGAGACGACACAGGAGGAGUUGGAAGAAAUUAUGGACAAGAAGAUCGAGACCGCCAUUCGUCUGGAGCCUACAGACUGUUUGUUCUGUACCGAGAAGACGGAGACGUUCGAGAGCAAUGUCGAGCAUAUGACCAAGGCACACGGAUUUUUCAUUCCCGAUAUCGAAUAUCUGGUCGAUCUCGAGGGAUUGAUUAAAUACCUGGGUGAGAAGGUCUCUGUCGGAAACAUUUGCUUGUACUGUAAUGGCAAGGGGCGUCAGAUCAAAUCACUGGAAGCUGUCCGCAAGCACAUGGUCGAUAAGGGUCACUGCAAGAUUCCAUAUGAUUCCGAGUCGGAGAUGAUGGAGGUCGUCGACUUUUAUGAUUUCAGCUCAUCAUAUCCUGAGGAGCAGCAACGCAGGAUGUUGGAGGCUGCCGAGAAGGCCGAUGCUGGAGAGAUUGAUUUGGACGAGGAAGAGUUGGACGAGGACUAUGUGGGCACGGGUGCUCGCUUGGGAGAGGAUGAGAUGGAGUUGAUCCUGCCGUCUGGAGCGCGGCUGGGGCACCGAUCGUUGAACAAAUAUUACAGACAGAACGUCAAGCCAGAGGAGUCGCGCGAUUCUGUAUUGAUCAACCGGUUGCUGACGCAUUACACGGACCAUAUGGGGUACGAUUUGGCACUGUCAAAGAGCAAGGCACGCUCGGAGCGUGGACAGGCAUUGGUGGCCCGGAACGAGGGAGAGGCGCGAUGGGCUCACAAGCAAACGUCGACGUUCAAGGAUUUCCGAAGGAUCGAGGAACACAAGGCUCGUGUGGGACAGAAACAGAACAAGUUGCAGAAGCAUUACCGCGUACAGAUCUUGGUUUAA